AAAUCAGUUUGACGAAAUGCGCCAUUCGCGAUACAACGAGCGCUUGGAGAAGACGGAAAGUAUAAUCAGCAGCAUAAAUGAAAAGUAUUAUUUCUCAACUCGACCACGAGUGUACGAUAUUGGAAUUGCUCGAGAGUGGUGUACGCACACCGGGCUCUUUCUUUCGACAAAUAAAAAAUUUGAUGCUUCCGCGGCGUGUUGCAUUGAUAUCCGAAGAUUGGUUCGUGUCAAUUUUGGUGUAAUAAACUGUGACACCGACGCGAUUCAAAAAACCAUCCGAAAACCAUCUUCAGACAAAUAAACAAAUUUUGUCACGCAAUUGUCGCAUUAGUCGGCAAGAUUCGCAUAUUUUCAUUCGUGCCACCAAAACAAUCGUACAAAAAACAAACUUACAGCGAAGCGUCUAACAAAUGUUAAUUUUCCACGCAACGUCAUCCGCAUCCGUUCGAUAUUUAUGCGCUACCUUUCUUCCAUCGAUACACAUCGUAAUUUAUUGUAUACUCUUGUUACGAAAUAAGUUCGAGAUCAAUGAUGGGAGUCGCGCGAUACAAAAUGCAAUUCGCAUGUCGCGCAUGAUUCUCUCCUUUGAUAUCGCGUUGUACAAUUUUUACUGGAAACAAUGAAUCACCAAAAUCUUUACGAUGACUUGGCCUCCUUUCUUUUUAUACGCGAAACCUUGUCCAUCUCUUCCUGCGUGCGUGUCGAGCGAGAAGAUACGAUCAAUCUUUUAAAGAGCGAUACGAUCGACUCGCGCGCGCGCGCAAGACUUUACGGCACAAAUGAAUAUGUAUUCGAGAAUUCGAUGACGUAGUACACAAGUCCGAGGUCUGAAGGUCACUUUGAGAACAGCCACCGCUCGCGCAAUUUUGUUCACAACAAAAUUGAAUUUUCUCCCUCGAGAGCGAUUAGCCGCCGGCUUGGGAGCAAUUUUUAUCGCUCGUGUGCUUUUUAAAUUAGCGGCGCAAACAAGUAUUGCAAUUUUCUCGUUGAACAUUUCGUCGCAAUAAUCUCGUAAUUUAAUUUUAACGCGGAGUGUUUACCGAGUCGCGACGAAUUUAACGCGCGUUACGUCGCCGAGGGUGAUAGCGCGCUUGUAUACACGUCGGGGUAAUAUAAUAAGCGCCCGUUACAUUAUCGAACAGCGAGACCUUGUAAAAUCGGCGAGCCGAUUGGCAUGCUCAUUUGUUAUUUCCAUCUAUUUCCAACGGAGAUUUCGCGCUAUCAAUAAUCCAGAGAGACGUAUUUGCGGAGGUCGAAGGUAAAGCGAGUAAUCCUCCUCUUUUUUCCACCACCGCAUAAUACUCGUUUAAAUGUGUUUCUUCGUUCCUAAAUAUCGAUCGGCAAUAUCUGACCGGCCGGUAGCGUGCUGACCUCGAUACUUAACCGUGUGUCCGGCAUUGAUUACUUUCGCCGAUGGAAAAUGAUAGUGGAACGGAUAAUCGUUUGUUUGAACGAACUUGGGCCGUCGUCUCUUCAAUUCCCCCCCCCAGGUGAUGAGCUUAGGGAUGCGAAUGACCUCUGCGAAGGACACAGGUGUUCGCACAACUGUGAACUUCGGGAAUUAGGAACGAUUGCACGCGUACUUGAGAGAGAAUUCCGUUUUACAUUUUUCGCCGCAUUUGUCACGCGUGAAAAACUAUUUCGAGAAUCAGAAACAUACGUCGGUGAACUUGCCGGAUUCGUUCUGUUUUGUAAUUACGGGAUUUUUAAAUGAGCGAUCGCAAAAAAGUUGAGGAGAGAGAAAAAUUAUUAAAUUAUUUGUAAAACAAAUUUGUAGAAGUAACCAAAUGUAUAAGUCGCAGCUCUUUUAACAUUGAAAAAAGUUUUUCAAGAAUUUUUUGAGAUGUUCUGGGUGAGCUUUUGUAAAAAUAAAGUAGAGCUUUGUCAAAUGUGUGCGUGUGUGAGCGCGCGCGAAAUUACGAGUAGGAUUCCGAAAACGAGUUCUGAAUUCUACGAAACGUCUCUUUAUCCGAGAAUCCGGAUCUAAAGUGGGUUUAAGACACCGUCUAUGUUUUAUUUAUCAGAACAUGCAAUUGAUAUCGAUGAUGUACAACAAUUAAGCGCGCGGAAAGAAUCGAGAGAUUGCGACGAGAAGUCAGUGUCGAGUUUGAACACAACGCGAGGCGCUACUACGGCAUCUCGAAUCGUGUGAUCGCAAUCACACGAAAUUGCCGACAAAAUGCAACACUUUUUGUGCUCACCGAUUGCUCGCUCAUCCUUGACAUUCUAAUUAUUAUUAAAUCAAGGAAGUGCAACUUGUUGAACGAAACGGGAGAGCUCGCGCCUCGCUUACUUGGUCUAGUUAAAGCUGCAAGUUCUGUUGUUCGAUGAAUAUAACGCACACAUAUAUAUUGUGCGUGGAAUUUCCGCGUGUGAUGUCAGACGAGCCCGCGACACACGCGCGCGCUUCUUCCCUCUCCCCCUCGUCUACUUCGUGUAAAUAAUUCCCGAGGUUUUUCCUCGGAUGCGAAAACUACCCCUUUGUUUUACCUCACAAUCGCAUUGCAAGAUAAAUAAAACUACGAAGUUAAUUUCCCCGGGGUUUAACUUUCGUUCGUUCGCAGAGCCUGACAAAAUUAUUGCGCGUUUUUUUCGGGGGAAAAAACGUGCUCGCGAAUUGUGUCACCUCGAGUAUAAAAUUUCAAACAAUGCGAUUUCGUUUUCGAAAAUGCUACGCGAAACGGAUUUAAAACAGCAGGUCUCUUCUUGCGAUGUUUACUCUCGAUAUAUCGCUGAUCGAUUUGUUUACCAGUAGGUCAGCAAUUAAUAUGCAACAAACAUAUUAGUUCAGCAAUUAUCACCAGCUGGCACUUGGAGGUGUCUGAUGUUGUUUGAAUUGAGAGAAGCGCGCGCGCGCGCGCGAAUCAUCUUUAUUUAACCGAACGGUUCUCCGUGACGUGUAACGGCAUCAAAAUGGCAACACAGUUUAUGCAUUUUGCAAUCGCGUCAUUGUUAAUACAGAUCCCCUCGAAAAUAAAUGCCGCAAAAAUAUAUCUAACGGGAGCGAGCUCCCCAGAUGCCUACACAUGUGCAGGUGAGACAGGUGGGCUUCAGUCGGUCGCCCGACCCUGUCGCGAUAACAUUGUACAUUCGACCCGCGCCAACGCGCGCCAAUGCGCGACGCACAUCUACGAUUGCUUUAUUAUUUAAUAAACAAUUUUCCGCGAGUCUCUCCGUGCGCGACGAUUUCCAAUUGUUGUCGCGAGACAAUAUAUCCUCGUCAACAUUUUUUUUUAAAUAAGUUUUUCCUCCGCGUCGCGCUUCUCCAAUUCUUUAACACAUCAGUUCGAGCUUCCUUUUGUAAUUCCGUUUUUUCUCGCUACUGAAAUCAAAUCGGGUGAUCGCAAGAAUUAAAACCGACGAGUGUUUUUUUUUUUUUUUUUCGCGACCGAAAUGACAGUUUGCGGAAGCGUUCGCGCGACGAUCGACGGCGUCGACAGUCGCGUCAAUAGGGAAGGUCGUCGAGAUCCGGUAACGAGGCAGCAGGUGCACGUGUGAAACUUGUUUUAUUUAAUCGCGUUAAAGUCAAGCGUCUCUCUCGUUGACACAGAGAUCAAUUGAUUUCAUCAAUUGCGCACGUCGUCGCUGCUCUUCACAUGAGACGUGCGCAUCGCAAACAUGACACAAUACAGCAGCAGUAGCAGCAGCAGCAGCAGCAGCGGCGGUCGGAGCAACUUCAAGGAUCCCAGAGGUCGAGGAUCGCUCGAGGAGAAGCUCAUGGUCGCCGUUCGCAUUCGACCCUUGGCUCCUAACGAGAGCGGCACCAGAGCCCUGCACGCCGUCAACGAUAAGAUGGUGGUGCUGGAAGACCCGGACGGCGAUAAGCAGAAACGCACGGCGUCCCGCCAAUAUUUGUACGACGUGGUUUUCGGAGAGGACUCCACGCAGGAGCAAGUUUACGAGGGCACGACGAAGAAGCUGGCGCAGGACGUGCUAAACGGCUACAACGUCACCGUGUUCGCGUACGGCGCGACAGGUUCCGGAAAAACCCACACAAUGGUGGGAACGUCGUCGGAGCCCGGGAUCAUGGUGCGCGCCCUGAACGAUAUAUUUCUGGCGACCAAGCAACUGCCGAAAGACGCGAACGUUUCGGUAACGAUGUCGUACCUGGAGAUUUACAACGAGAACAUUCGCGAUCUGCUCAAUCCGAGCUCGGGAUAUCUGGACUUGCGCGACGACACUCGCGGUCGCAACGUUCAGGUUUCGGGACUGACGGAGAUCUCCACCAACUCGACCGACGAAGUGAUGCAGCUGUUGCACAGAGGUAACAAAGCGAGAACGAUAGAACCGACCGCCGCAAAUCAGACCUCGUCGCGGAGUCACGCUCUCCUCAGCGUCACGGUCAGACAGUCCUUUCGUCCGGAUGGUGACAAACAAUUGCGCAACAAGGUGAAACAGGGAAGACUGUUUAUGAUCGAUCUAGCCGGGUCCGAGCGGGCCAAGCAGACCAAGAACAAGGGGAAGAGAUUGCAGGAAGGCGCGCACAUCAACAGAUCGCUUCUGGCGCUGGGCAACUGCAUCAACGCGCUGUCCGGGGGUGCGCGAUACGUGAACUAUCGCGACUCCAAACUCACUCGGUUGCUGAAGGACGCCCUGGGCGGCAACUGCCGGACCGUCAUGAUCGCCCACGUGUCGCCGGCAAGCGCGCAUCGCGACGAGAGCAGAAACACUCUGAUCUACGCCGAUCGUGCCAACAAGAUCUCCACCAAGGUCGAGCAAAACGUGCUCGAUGUCAGUUAUCUGCACGUCGCGCAAUACCGCGACAUAAUCAGCGACCUGAAGAGCGAGAUCUCGCGUCUGCGGAACAAAAUGAAGGAGGAUAUGUCGAAUAAGACGGAGUCGACGGCAAAAGAAACGUCGGACAACACGCGCGGCAGUGACUUCAGAUCGUUGAGGGAGAAGAUCGUGUUCGCCUUCAAAGAACAGAUGCGUCUGAGGAGGAAGCUGAUGGAACUGGAUAGUCAUCUCUUGGGUCUGAACAUCGCCGCCGAACAGCAGCAUUCCAUAAUCUCGCACUGGGAAUCGAGAAAUAACCGAGUUUACGGAAAGACCCAGGAUUCUAAUACACAUCGUCCUGGCACGAAUUACCAAGUUGACGAAGCGGACGACGUAGAUGAUCUUAUAGAGGAUGACCUGGAGGACGACGUGACUGUGCAGCAAGCGUGGUCGGAGCUGACGGAGAUCACGAAGGAACAGGAGAGGUACGCGGAGAUGCGCGCCGCCGCGGAGAAGGAGCUCGAGAUCUGUCGAAAACACAGCGCCGCGCUCGAGGAUGAGCUACCGUCGCGCAUCAACUUGGACGAGGAGCGCGAGCUGCUGGCGCUGAUGCUGCGGGUUCACGAGCUCGAGGCGGACAAGAUGAUGCUGCAGAGCGAGAGACUGGUGAAGCAGCACGAGCUAAGACGUCGCGAGCUGUUGCUGCUCCGCUACGAUCGCCAGCGGCAGAUCUCCGACGAGAUCAUCACCAGGCAACGGCGAAUAAUGGAAGAUGGUCGGAUGAUGCUUCCGCCCGAUCUGCAGAAUCUCUACGCGAUGUAUCAGCAGGAGAUCCAGGCUGCGACGUACAUCGACAGCAGCCUCGGCGAUGUCGCCGCGUCCCCGAUCGUGUCUUUCAGCCGCGGUAAACUACCGCCCAUCUCCAGCAGAUUCAGCAGUUACGACAACACCGACUUGAGACUGGCCAGCAGUUCUACGGAUUCGGACUGGGACUCGCCGCUACCGCCGAUCCAGGAACCGCAGGAAGAAGCGGAUCACGUGAUGGGGCCGGUGGUGCAACCGCUGAUCUCACCGGCCGCCUUGUUCCCACCGAUCUCGGCAGCGAAUUCGCGGAACUACGACAAGAAGCUACGCCGAAUAGCGAGCGACGACAGCAUUGACUCGUUGCGAUUUGCGCACAACAGCGGCGGCCAUUACAACCCGCUCAGAUCGAGAAUCGAUGAUCGUGGAACGGGCAGCUGAGAUUGACGCUGAAACUUUCUGCGACGUCUUUCGCGAGCGGUGAGGUGCGAGAUAAUAACAUUGUUUUCGCGAUCGGGCUGUUCCGCG